AAUUUUUUGUUACUUUGCUAAUUGAAUUAUCACAAUUAAAUGAUUUAAUAAAACAAAUCAAAGGAAACUUUGAAUUGAAAAUUAACCAAUUAUCAAAAAUAUUAACAGAUGCGACUUCUCCAUAUAAAAAAGAUUUAUACAAUUGGCGACAAAUCUUUCGAUUAUAUUUACAAGCUGAAAUUUUUAUCGGCAAUACAGAGAGCGAUAGAAGCGAAAAGA